AUGUCUGAAGAUCUUGACAUUGACAAAUAUCUCGCAACUGAAGCUACACAAUUACAAAAGGAUCAAGAAGUAGAACGUAUCCUUUCAGCGUUUAAACUGAAUCCUUUUGACAUUCUUGAUCUAGCACCGGAUUGUACAGAAAAAGAUAUUAAAAAUGCUUAUCGCAAAAAAUCAUUACUUAUUCACCCAGAUAAAACUAAACAUCCAAAAGCGCAAGAAGCAUUCGCAUUAUUGAAAAAGGCUGAAACGGAAUUAUCUAAUGAAAAAUCACGACAACUUCUUUUAACAAUCAUUGAAGAAGCAAAGAUAACUUUAAUUACAGAUCAAAAAUUAAAAUCUACAGACCCAUUCAUAAACACACCCGAAUUUAAUCUACAAAUUAAACAAAAAACUAAAGACAUUUUAAUAGAACAAGAAUUACGUCGUCGGAAAUUAUUAAAAAGAGAAUUGGAAGCACAAGGAUUGGCAGCUCAAAAAGCUGAACAAAACAAAGAGUUAAUAAUUGGAGAGAUUUUCAAACAAAAAAAAGUAAUUCAUCUCAAGGUGGAACUAAAAAAAGGAAAAAUUUUGGCUGAGGAUCCUUCUAAACCUUAUAUAAAACGACCCACGAAUAAUAGUUAA